AUGGAUACGCAGGAGGAGAGCUCUACUGGCUUGCUGCUUAGCAUAUUGCUGUAUUAUACCCUGAGGAUAUGGCCGAUCAUAUCCAUUGGUGAUUCAACCCUUUAUCAUGCAAUGCUGGGUCUGUCCUUCAUGCAGUUAGAUGUUGGUGCUUGUGGUUUCCCAUUUAUGUUCCUGGGACUGAGUCUUUGCGACAGGUUCCGGCUUCAGAAAUUUUCUGCUUUACAUCAGAAUUACCCGAGUUGGAUCUUCAUGGCCAGCCUCUCCCUAUCCACGGUAUUUGACAUCCUUACUGCGGUUUGGUUAUUCUUCUGUUUGUUCUCGUUGCAACGAGAGAUCGAAUUGCCAUUCGGGUUCAUUACCUCUGUGGCAAAACACACACUUACUAGGCUUGUUUAUAAGUGGGUUGUCUAUCCAACGGAACCGAUGUUAUUCUUCGGGAUAUACUUCUUCAUCGAGAAAAUAUAUACGAACUUCUUCCUUCCCAUCCAUGACUUGCGCUGGGGAAUGUGGGAAUACCGUGAGAUCGACGAAACAUGUCGUGAUCUUCUCAUUCAGUUAUCGCAUCAGCUAAGAUCCCUAGGUGGAGAGUUCAUGUACUAUCCCAAGGAAAAUAUACGACAGCUUGAGGUGAUCAUCGAGGAAACGGUUGACUAUGGAGAGCAUUCGUACGAAUGGGCGGCCUCGCGUAUCGUAAUGGGGCGGCAGUUACGUCAUCCUAUAUGUUCAUCCAUUUGA